GAGAGAGACUGUUGUGGAGUGAGGCGGGAGUUUCAGCGAGGUUAGAAAGUUCUCCAUCGCCGACAGACAGAGGAGAAAAAACAAAAGCUGCUGUUUACUGGAACAUCUCAAUGGAAGUGAAACAGGACACAUGUGAUGUGGACACAAAUAUCAUGGAGAAAACUGUAAAUAUUAAGGAGGACGACUGGGAGUGGGAGUCCAUCUACCCAAAACAGGAAAGUCUGAGCAUUAAGGAGGAGAACAGUGAACUGCAGCCAGUGAGCAUUAAAGAAGAACCUGAAGAGAAGUCUGUCAGUAUUGAGACACAUAACCGUACAAAUCUGGACAGUGUAAAAGAAGACAACCGUCAUGAUGGGUGUGAAGAUGGAGUGGUGACCAGGUUAGACUCUUCUCAUAGCAGACACUGUUCAUCUCCAGAGCCUUCUAUCAAUGUGAAGUCUGAGUCAUUACAGUCUGAACUAAAGAGGGCUGAGGAAACUACAUCUGUUAGAGUUCAGAAAAAUAAGCGACCAUCUUCAAAGAAGUCUGGAAAAAGAAAGAAAAAUCACUGCAAUGUGGAAUGUGGCAGAGAAUUCUCUAACAGGAGUGCUCUUCAGAAACACACGAGAGUUCACACCGGAGAGAAGCCAUAUUGCUGUAAUGAAUGUGGUAAACAGUUUUCACAUAAAGGCAAUCUUCAGACACACACGAGAGUUCACACCGGAGAGAAGCCAUAUUGCUGUAAUGAAUGUGGUAAACAGUUUGCAGAGAUAGGCCAUCUACAGAAACACACGAGAGUUCACACUGGAGAGAAACAAUAUUGGUGUAAUGAAUGUGGCAAACAGUUUUCAGAGACGAGCAGUCAUCGGAGACACACAAGAGUUCACACCGGAGAGAAGCCAUAUUGCUGUAAUGAAUGUGGUAAACAGUUCUCAAAGAUGAACAGUCUACAGAAACACAAAAGAGUUCACACCGGAGAGAAGCCAUAUUGCUGUAAUGAAUGUGGUAAACAGUUUUCAGAGAGAGGCAAUCUUCAGAAACACACGAGAGUUCACACUGGAGAGAAGACAUAUUGCUGUAAUGAAUGUGGUAAACAGUUUUCACUAAAAGGCAAUCUUCAGAAACACAUGAGAGUUCACACUGGAGAGAAGCCAUAUUGCUGUAAUGAAUGUGGUAAACAGUUUUCAGAGACGAGCAGUCUUCGGAGACACACAAGAGUUCACACCGGAGAGAAGCCAUAUUGCUGUAAUGAAUGUGGUAAACCGUUUUCAGAGAGAGGCCAUCUUCAGAAACACACGAGAGUUCACACUGGUGAGAAGCCAUAUUGGUGUAAUGAAUGUGGUAAACAGUUCUCACAGAUGAACAGACUACAGAAACACAAAAGAGUUCACACCAGAGAGAAGCCAUAUUGCUGCAAUGAAUGUGGUAAACAGUUUUCAGAGAUAGGCAAUCUUCAGAAACACACGAGAGUUCACACCAGAGAGAAGCCAUAUUGCUGUAAUGAAUGCGAUAAACAGUUCUCACAGAUGAACAGUCUACAGAAACACAAAAGAGUUCACACCGGAGAGAAGCCAUAUUGCUGUAAUGAAUGUGGUAAACAGUUUUCACAAAAAGGUCAUCUUCAGAUACACACGAGAGUUCACAACAGAAUAAAAACAGUAGCACUUCAAAAAUCAGUCCAGAAAAACAAGAACCCUUCAGGACUCAAGAGUGAGGUUCAGUCGUGUCCUGAAAAGUAAGCAAACUAAACUAUUGUUAAGAAAUGAAUCUCAAAGAUAAGCCAUAUUGCUGUUUGGAACGUGGCAAACAAAUCUGUCAGAGCAGUACACUUCAGAGACGCACCAGAAUUCACACUGGAGAAAAAUACAACUGAACUGUCCUGACUAAAGAGUGAGGUUCACUCCUGCCUGGACAGUAAGCACAUGUAACGACUCAAAUCCAUCCUACUUAGUGUUGUGUCAA